AUGGCUCAUAGAGUAGAUCAUGAGUAUGAUUAUCUGUUUAAGAUCGUGCUGAUCGGGGACUCUGGUGUUGGCAAAUCCAAUAUUCUUUCCAGGUUUACCAGAAAUGAAUUCUGCUUGGAAUCCAAAUCCACCAUAGGUGUUGAGUUUGCCACCAGAACUCUUCAAGUGGAUGGAAAGACAGUAAAGGCACAGAUUUGGGAUACAGCAGGUCAGGAGCGGUACCGGGCUAUCACUAGCGCCUAUUAUAGAGGAGCUGUUGGUGCUCUUCUUGUUUAUGACAUAACCAAGAGGCAAACUUUUGACAAUGUACAGAGGUGGCUUCGUGAAUUAAGAGACCAUGCAGACUCUAACAUUGUCAUCAUGAUGGCUGGAAACAAGUCGGACUUGAAUCAUCUGAGGGCUGUUCAAGAGGAGGAUGGUCAUGCCUUGGCCGAGAAGGAAGGUCUCUCAUUUCUUGAGACAUCAGCACUAGAAGCCACCAAUGUCGAGAAGGCAUUCCAAACCAUAUUGACAGAGAUCUACCAUAUCAUUAGCAAGAAGGCAUUGGCAGCUCAGGAAGCAGUUGCCAAUUCCACAGGUCCUGGCCAAGGAACCACUAUCAAUGUUGCUGAUGCCUCCGGGAAUGCGAGCAAAGGUUGUUGUUCCACUUAA